GUAUCGUUGUGUUAAAAUGUAUAAAGUUUCUUGCAGAUUCCCCGAGCACAACAUUUAUACCAAGCUCGCGGCCGGAAGAAGAUCGCACGUUCGACAGACCCGUUGUUAUAUGUUAUAGCCAGUGUGUCCAAAAGGGAGGGAUCUUACCGUGAACCUGACCAAUCGUAUACGCUGUUUGCCUUCAGUCUUCUUUUGCCCAUACGUGUGAGCGCUCUUCGCGACAAGUGAAUAAGAUUAGUUAACUUUACAAAUUUGAAAUAACAAUUAAAGGUGCUUAAAGAUGAAUGUGUACUGUUUAACGUUUGCGCUAUGUCUGCUGUUUGCUGUGGUUUCUUCAGAGGCAGAAACUGGUUUUUACGUGCCCAAAGCAUACUACACAAUUGACGAACAUGGCUAUAAAUCCCCGCUCAUCUACAUUGACAAUAUUCCGCAAAUUUUCCAACGCACUAGACGAUCUGCCCAACUUCCUCCAGUUCCCAACUUUGGUUUCCCAGUAAAUUUUCCGGCAUUCCAGUUUCCUAACCCCGCACAGGGUGGCAACUUCCAGUCAGUAUCCAUCACCAGCGGAGGACCAAGUGGCUUGAACAACCGCUUCGAUGAACACGGACAAUCUGCUCCAGCAACAACGAUUAACACAUUCUCCUCUCAAAAUGGCCACGUUACUCAGAUGACCCAUCAUAUCGACAAGGACGGCAAAGUGACAACUCAUACCAGCAACAAAAAGAACUAAAAACAGGUUAAUUAUCGCAAAUGUGUUCUACAGCCAACCUUCAGCAAAUAUACAGAAUUCAACAUUCUGUCGAUAAAAAAAAACAGUUCGUACCCAUGGAAGCAAUUCAAUUUCGCCACUCACCAUCUUUCUACUUGAAAACGGUACAAGUUUGGCUAGCGUAUAUAAUUGUGUUUGUGUGUGUCUUUUGUACUAGUGCCUAUUGCCGUAAUAUUCGGCUGGAGUAUGAUGUAUAGUAUUUAAAACUGAAAUAAAAAUAAUAAAAACGAAGUCAUUUAAUGAUUUAGCAAUGAUAA